CCGUAGACUGCCACGUGACGGGAACAGUUUAUAAAUAAAGGUGCGCCAUCCGUUCGCCUCUUAGACUAAAGGAAAGAGCGAAGAGUAACAUGGCGUCAACGAGUCGUGGAGAAUCUCUGGCCUUACCCAAAGUUCAGUGUCCCAACCAUCCUGAUGCGUUACUGGUGGAGGACUACAGGGCAGGCGACAUGAUUUGUCCUGAAUGUGGCCUUGUUGUUGGUGACCGUGUGAUCGACGUGGGCUCCGAGUGGAGGACGUUUUCUAAUGAGAAGGCUCUCAAAGACCCGUCCAGAGUGGGAGACGCUCAGAACCCCCUGCUCAACGGAGGAGACCUGACCACCAUGAUCAGCAGGGGAACGGGCGCGGCCAGCUUCGACGAGUUCGGCAACUCAAAGUACCAGAACCGGCGGACCAUGAGCAGCUCUGACCGGGCCAUGCUGAACGCCUUCAAAGAGAUCAGCACCAUGGCGGAUCGCAUCAACCUGCCGAGAAACAUCGUAGACAGAACAAACAACCUGUUCAAGCAGGUUUAUGAGCAGAAGAGUCUGAAGGGGCGAGCCAACGAUGCCAUCGCCUCAGCCUGCCUCUACAUCGCCUGCAGACAAGAGGGCGUACCAAGGACAUUUAAAGAGAUCUGCGCCGUCUCCAGGAUCUCAAAGAAGGAGAUCGGCAGGUGCUUCAAGCUGAUCCUGAAGGCUCUGGAGACCAGCGUGGACCUCAUCACCACGGGAGACUUCAUGUCCCGCUUCUGCUCCAACCUGGGCCUGCCGAAGCAGGUGCAAAUGGCCGCCACCUUCAUCGCCAGGAAAGCCGUGGAGCUGGACCUGGUGCCCGGCAGGAGCCCCAUCUCGGUGGCCGCUGCAGCCAUCUACAUGGCCUCCCAGGCCUCCGCUGAGAAGAAGACCCAGAAAGAAAUCGGCGACAUCGCUGGCGUUGCCGACGUCACCAUCAGACAGUCCUACCGACUCAUCUAUCCACGCGCAGCAGAACUUUUCCCUCCAGACUUUAAGUUUGAUACGCCUGUUGAUAAACUGCCUCAACUGUGAACUAGACUCCGCCUACUCAUUGCUGAAGUUUCUCUGCUGUACAUUUUUCUGUUGGUUUAGGGUUUGAACAUUCUUUGGUCGAGCUCAAAACAAGCAGCCUUCAUGGAGGCAGUGUGACAGGAAUACAGCGGACACACAUUCCAGAGCUUGAAUAAACAGCUUGCAGACUGUA